UCUUGUCAUGACAAUGAAAUGUGUUUUCGUCGUGGUUGUCGAAGGUAGUGAACGAUAAGGAUAUGAUAUUAUAUAUAAUUACUAUAUGUUGAUUUUAUUUAAAAAAUUGCAAAAGAAGAAAGACGAUAUGGGUAUAUUUUUUGCUAAGAAAAAACCACAAAGUCGCGUUACCGAACAGGACAAGGCUGUCUUGCAAUUGAAACAAACUAGAGAUAAAAUCAAACAAUAUCAGCGUAGGAUCGAACAAAAUCUUGAGAAGGAACGACUCUUAGCUAAAAAACUUAUACAUAAUGGACAGAAAGAUCGAGCCUUACUAUUGUUACGUAAAAAGAAAUUCCAAGAGCAAAUUCUUUCAAAGACCGAUGGUCAGCUACAAAAUCUGGAAACUAUGGUACACGAUAUAGAAUUUGCACAAAUAGAAAUGAAAGUUGUUGAUGGCCUAAAAGAAGGAAAUGUUGCAUUGAAGAAGUUGCAUGAUAUCCUUUCUAUUGAUGAAAUUGAAAAAGUUAUGGACGAAACAAGAGAAGGCGUGGAAAAACAAAGAGAAUUAAAUGAAUUGUUGUCUGGUGAACUUACGCAAGAAGAUGAAACAGAUAUAGAAGCAGAAUUAGAUGCUUUAUUGAGCGCAGAAAUAAAAGAAACUACACCAGAAGUACCGGAUGAAAUAACACUGCCAGAAGUACCUACAGUAUUACCAGAAAUCAGGAAAGAACGCUCGAAGGAAAAAUUACAAGAGGCAGUUGCUUUAGAAGCAUGAGAGACCAAUGGGUAGCAGGAGUAAAACUUCGACUACCUCAAAACUAUUCAAAAGUUCUUUGUACAUAUGUACAGUAUAUAAACUUAAGAUUUUAGCUUUAACGUUACCAACAUUUAAUUGAAAAUUGUGAAACUGCUUUUAUUGUGAGUCUUUUAAAUUAUAUAUAUAUAUAUAUAAACUAUUACUGUGGAUAAUACAGUAAUUAAGCAGAAUAUGUGAUGUUGUAAGGGAUAAGAUGAUUAUCGAUGAAAUUACAUAACUUUUUAUAUAUAAAAUAAUUUAAAUUAUGGGUAUGUUAAUUAUAAUUACAUAUCCUUAUAAUUACAAGCUAUAUUUUGUUUUGGAUUUUUUUGUAAGAAAUGUUUAAAGGUCGUUAAGAAAAUUAUUAAUUUACAAAAAGGAUAAGUUCAUUAUUUUCUUCAAUUAUAAUUUUAACUGUUCUAACGACUCAAAUAAUUUUAAACAGAAAAGGAAAGGAAGUCUUAUUUUCUUAUCGUAUGAAACUUAUCAGAUUAUAUCGUAAUGUUAUCGAUCUUUCGAGAUGAAUAAUAUCUUAUACACUUGUUUGUACGUUUUACGUGAGAAUAUAUCUAUCCAGAAUA